AUGCCGUCGCUGAGCACGGUUGCCCGUCGUCGGCAGCGGUCGGAGAACGAAGGCGAUGAUGAAACGUCGACCAACUCAUCAAGAGACCCCACGCCUGCGUCAAGAAAUUCGAUCAACGGCAAGCGACGUCGACUAGAUCCAGUCCAGGAUGGCGCAGACGAGGAAGAAGAUGACGGUGAAAUUGGUAGCGAAGGCACUGAUGAAGGCACGGAGCAAAACACGCCUGAGCUUACGCAGGCUGAUUCCGGACCUGCACAAUCCUCCAAUUCGCAAACGACGUCUUUAGCGAAUGGUGAGGUGGAUGAGGAUGGAUACAAGCCCGGCGCUAUUGUACGCAUUAAAGUUACAGAUUUCGUCACCUACACUUCUGCCGAGUUCUUCCCUGGGCCGAAACUCAACAUGGUCAUUGGGCCGAAUGGGACAGGGAAAAGCACUCUUGUUUGCGCAAUUUGUCUGGGCCUGGGAUGGGGCCCACAGCACUUAGGACGAGCGAAAGAUCCCGGCGAGUUCGUCAAACACGGUUGCAGAGAGGCCAGCAUUGAGAUUGAACUGGCUAAGGGGCCGGGGCUCCGUAAGAAUCCAGUUAUCGGUCGAAUAAUCAAACGCGAAGGCAAUAAGAGCUCGUUUACAAUCAACGGAAAGCAGGCUUCUCUCGCGCAGGUUAAAAAGUUCGCUCAGUCAUUCGCCAUUCAGAUCGACAACUUGUGUCAAUUCUUGCCGCAAGACAAAGUGAGCGAGUUUGCUGCACUGACCCCUGUGGAACUGCUUAAUUCAACGCAGAGGGCCGCUGCUGGACCAGAGAUGAUCGAGUGGCAUGAGAGUCUGAAGAAGCUUCGAGCUGAACAAAAGAAGUUGCAGUUAGAUAACCAGAGUGACAAAGAUUUGCUAGCAAAUCUCGAAAACAGACAGGAGAUGCAGCGAGUAGACGUUGAGCGGAUGCGGCAACGGGCCCAGAUCAAGAGGAAAAUCGAGAUGUUAGAGCAUCUCCGUCCAGUUAUUCAAUACAGAGAGGCCCGCAACGAGUUGAAUCGGAAGAAGAUCGAGCAAAGAAGACUCCGAAAAGAGCUCGAGGAUUUGGAGGCUGAACUAGAACCUGCACUGAGAGCGGUCAAUGCAAAGCAGAACUAUUGCUCGGAGCUGGAUGAAGUGGUCAAGUACAAGAAGCGAUGCUUUGAACAGGCAGACCGCGACGCCAUGGAGAUCGUGAAGAAAAUUGAACAAUUUGACGAUGCGCUGAAGGAUCUCAAUAACCAGAUUGAGGCUGAGAAAAAGAGCGGCCAGAGUUACAGGCAGGAAGCGACCAAGAUCCAGCAGACAAUCAACAGGCUCAAUCGCGAGCUCAAUGAACAACCGGCCGAGUUUGAUAUCGGCUGGUAUAAUGAGAGGAUUAAAGAAAAGCGUCUAGCAACCAGAGAGCUUGAGGGGAAAGCGACUGAAAUCCAGCAAGCUCGACUGCCGCUUGUUGAAGAGCUCAAGUCGAAGAACGAUCAGAUUAGACGAGCAGAGCAACAGCUGCAUAGUCUCGCCUCCCAAUCUGGGCAGCAAGAAGCCAAGCUCCGUAAAGCGUCACGAGAUUCGUAUCAAGCUUACAAGUGGUUGCAAGACAAUCAGGAUAAGUUUGAGAAGGAAGUUUUCGGACCGCCAAUCGUCACCUGCUCGGUCAAAGACCCCAAAUAUGCUGACACGGUUGAGUCAUUAUUACAACGAACGGAUUUUACUGCCUUCACCACGCAGACUCGAAAUGACUUUCGGACCCUGCAAAGAGCCCUGAUCACAGAUUUGAGGCUUCAUGACAUUAGUAUCAGGACUUCAACGACGCCUCUAGGGAGUUUUCGUCCACCUGUCUCGGACGAAGAGCUAAGGUCGUUGGAUUUUGACGGUUGGGCGAAGGACUUUCUCAGCGGUCCCGAGCCUGUGCUGGCCGUUCUAUGUAGCGAAAACCGGUUGCAUCAAACCCCUGUAAAUUUACAGGGAAUCUCGGACGAAACAUUCGCCAAAUUGGAAAAUGGUUCGAUCAGUUCCUGGGUAGCUGGGAAGCAAAACUACCAGAUUGUCCGGAGACGGGAAUAUGGCCCUGGUGCGGUUUCUACCCGUGUGAGACAGGUUAGACCGGCGCAGAUCUGGACCUCGCAAGCAGUGGAUGUUCUAGCGAAGCAAGAGGUAGAGCGGGAAAUUCUUGCCCUGAAGGACGAAGUAAGUCAAGUAAAAGAAAAGAUGGAAUCAGAGCGGAGCCGACUCCACAGGAUGGGCGAAGAGAAGAAGGAACUAGAUCGCGAGAGGGCUACACUUGAAAAGGAGAAAGCCGAGAAACAGACAGCACUCAUCAACUAUAGGGCUAUUCCUGAAAAGAUUCAUAUCGAGAGACUGUUUGAGGAGAUGAGAGUCAGAGUCCUUGAAAUUCGCGGUCGCCAAGAUCAAAUUUCAAUACAGAAGGCCAAGGCAAAUCUUGAAUAUGCGUACGCGCAGGAUGCUGUUGAGAACCUUCGCAGACUACAGGAGGAAGCUACUCAACUUAGCAUACGUCUUAUUGAGGGCCUUUCGGAUUGCACGACGUUAAGAGAGCGCAGUCAACAUCACAAGACGAGGCUAGACGAGAAGAGUUCCGAGGUGAAAGCGGCGCAUGAAGAUGUUAAAGCUCAAUCUGAAGCUGUGAGGAAAAUGGUCGAUCAAGCAAACAGGGCGAUACGGCUCGUCAACGAGCAAGAGGACUUGCGUGAAUUCAUGCCCACACUGGUUGAGCAUACUUUGGAACAGCUUGAAGCGGACAUCGAUUCAGAAAGAGCACAUCUAGAACUUGUGCAAGGAGGCAACGCGAACGUGAUUAGGGAGUUUGAGGAACGCGAAAAACAGAUCGAGAAAUUGCGAGACAAACUCUCCGAGUUCCAGAAUCAAAUUGCGGAGUAUGAUCAUGCAAUCAACGAAAUUCGUGGCAAAUGGGAGCCCAAAUUAGAGGAACUUGUGAAGAGUAUCAGCGACGCUUUCUCAGACUCCUUCGCUCGCAUUGGGUGUGCUGGUCAAGUCACCUUGGAUAAGGCAGAGGACGAAGAAGGUCCCAACGGCGAGCCGGGAGGCAGCAAUUUCGACCAGUGGUCAAUCCAGAUCCAAGUGAAAUUUCGAGAGAACGAGAACUUAUCCAUACUUGAUUCCCAUCGACAGUCGGGUGGUGAGAGAGCCGUCAGCACCAUUUUCUACCUGAUGGCCCUCCAGUCGCUGUCGGCCUCUCCCUUCCGUGUCGUCGAUGAGAUCAACCAAGGUAUGGACCCACGAAAUGAACGAAUGGUUCACGGACGUCUAGUCGAUAUCGCUUGCGCUCCAGCGCGCAAUGGAGGUGGCGGCCAGUACUUCCUCAUUACUCCCAAACUUCUCAGCGGCUUGGUCUAUAAACCAGGAAUGAGGGUUCUCUGCAUUUACAGUGGUGAGCAUAUGCCUGAGGAUUACAACCUUCUCGAUUUCGGCGGAGCCAUCAAGCGCAUGAGGGCAUUGAAUGCCAAGAAGAAAGGCAAAGGAAGAGCUAUUGAAGGUGGUGCUCAUAGGAGCAACGGCGAUGUUGAUGUCUACGGCUGA